AUGUCACUCUAUCUCACAGCGGCCCACUCGUCGCGAGUCAAUAAGCCAACUCAGAAACCGGCCCGUCGUCACUCCUCCUCACCAUUCGCGAAUCUUCCACGCUCAAAACCGUCCAUUGUGCGGACGAAGUCAUUGACCAAUGCCCUCGACGAUGGGCCAGACCAUAGCGACGGGGACGAGGGCGAGGGCGAGGGCAGGCUGGCGCCUAGUGGCAAAAUCUUGUCCACCAUCUCCAUCGAGCCGGCCAAAGACGUUUUAACUGCGGUAAAACAUGCUUGCACCUCCAUGUUCGCGCCUCUUCCCGAACGUGCGGGAAUGAACAGUGUCCGCAUUUCCCACGUUCUGAAUUUCCAGAGAAACCUACCAUCCAUUGUCACUCUGGCACAUGUCCACGCUCUAAUCGCCGCUUCGUCGAAGACGGAGCGCCAGAUUGCCACCUUGCAAUCGGCCGGUAAGCUCCGCAAAAUCAAGGUAACUGGUCGAGGCAACGAUAUCACCGGCACCAGUGAGGUUUUGAUCACCAUGGCGGAUUGGCAAGCCUUACUCGAGCGAAGUGAUGUUGCGCCAGAUGUCGUAGCCGACUUCUGUGAUGUGCUUCGUCGUCAACCCCGAGCCACCUCCAUAUCUUCCCAAGACUUGCCUGCCUCGCAUGUGACCACUUUGACUCGAACGGGUUUUCUCGUCUCUUCUUCUCUUUCCGGCUCUCGCAACCUUUCCUUGGCUGGCUCAUCCCUGGUAGCCAUGCCCAAGAUCUCGCGUGCAGCCUCCGGCACAUCCGCUGCCGUCGGAGGAGACGCGGCCUUCGAGAACCUAGGUGGGGUUGGUGCGGCAAGGCGACCUAAAUCUACUAUUCACCUCCACCGGAACAGUCCAGGGAGCGAACUUGCUCUUUCGGUACCCAAUAUUGGUCCUUACCUCCGACUUCUCAACGCCGGUCGGGCACAUCUUUUGGAACUCUUGGCCCAAUCAAAGUACAAAGAAGGUCCUCUCUACCUUAUACGCGAACGUUGGGAUGGCGCUGUUGAUUCCGAUAAUCGCGUUUCCACCGCCAAACGAAUCCGAGGAGAGUUUUCGGGAGUCAUGCCUGCCAAGACCAAGAAGUGGAAGGAUCUCUAUGGGUUAAACUUCGACUGGAUCGUGGAAGAAUGUCUUGGUGCCGGCUUGAUCGAAUUGUUCGAGACUCGAAGUGUGGGUCUGGGUAUACGUGCAUUGACAUGA